CUUGUAGGCACCUGACUCCAUUUCCCAUCAUGCCCUGCAUUAUUUUUAUCGUGUCAGUAAAAUGGCCGCUAUGUCAGGCUGCUCUGGAGACUGUGCGCUUCAGAGAAGCUUAAACAAACUCCUGACGGCUCCGUCUGGGUCUCUCAGAGUCAAAACCCAAGCGGAGCCGCUGUAUUUUAUUUCUCUUGAGCGCUACGGAAGAGACCCGAAUUUCGCCGUCCAUUUCCCGGACAGCAUUUCUAUGUCGGACAGUCUGUAUGAUGCUACUGUUACUGACGGAGACUGCAGAGUGAGAGUGUCUCUAGACCCCAGUCUGAACGCACUGAUAGACAGAAAUAAACUCCGCUGCGGCAGUGUGCUGAGAAAUGUUGUGUUCAGUCAUUCGGCUAGUGAUGAAGCUGAAGGGGACAGCAGGACUUUUCACAUCUGUAGCCUCGAGGUGGACAGUUCAGGCGGGAGCGACGCAGCUCUCCUCUCCCUGUCCUCUGUUCAUGUGGACUCACUGCCGUGGGUGAUGGCCGAGGAGCCGAGCCUCGUCCCGCUCAGAGCCCGCAGGAGCACUUACCUUCCCCUGUGGAAUAACCACGACUUCAGCGGGGAAACAUGGCGGCACACGCCUCCCUCUGAGCCUGGCGGAGAGGACUCUGACGAAGAGGAUGUGGUGGAAGAUGUACAGCCGGUAGUGUCUCUAGCAGAGCUCCGUCGGCGCUUCCUGAGUGGCUCACUGCGUCGCAGAGGAGCUCUGUGCGUGCGGAUUCUGCACAAAUCCAGACUGAUGUAUUAUGGGAAAGCAGAGCAGAGCUGCGAAUGCCCAUACAAGGCCGAGCUACAGGUCGCUGACGGCUCCAUGAGUGUGUGUGUGGUGCUGUGGAACAGUGUUUGCGUAGACUGGUACCGUUGCCUGCAGCCUGGUCAGGUUUUAAGACUGAGUCGGUACAGAGUGAAGGACAGCUACAGCAGCCGCAGCGGACAAAAUGCAGAACCGAAUAUUGAGAUCAGUCUAAACUCCAGAAAUCCUACUGCUAAAGUCGCCAUCAUUCCAAAGCAGCAAGUUUUACCUGAGUGGGGUUUACCAGACCUGGCACAUAACUUCCUCAGCGGACAUGAUCUACAGAGUUCUCCUCAUGGCACCAUCUGUGAUGUUAUCGGUGUGGUUGUUUUUGCGGGGCGACAAGAACGUAUCAGGAGUAAGGAUGGACGGAGGUCAGAAUUUGAAGAGUACCGAUGGCUCCAGUUGGAAGAUGGGACCACAGAUCAACGAAUCACCAUCAAGCUUUUUUCAACAUCACAGCCAGACAUCCAAAGCCGAAUCCAACCGAUGGCACUGGUUGUCUGUACUAGGCUCAAGCUGAUAAAGAAUACAGUUGGCAGUGCUACAGCUUUUGAGUAUCUGAGCAACACUUCAUUUACCCAGGUGUACUGCACAGGCACCGGCUCCCACCCUACGAUGCCAUACAGAGGGAUCCGUCCAGUUCGACAAUUCCUGCAGUGGUUGAAACAAGUGGAUGAGGCCAACAUGCUGGACAGGGCUGUGAUAGGAGGAUACUUCAGUUAUCCUCCCCUGCCUGUUUCUCUACAAAGCUUUGUGGAAAACCGACAAGGUGAGGCAGGUCUGAUUAGUGGGGGAGAAAUGAAGCUCCAGUGUGACAGGCUACAUUACAGAGAGAGACAACGCUUUGUUGUUCAGUGCACCAUCACUGCAGCCUGCUACCACAGCAGACAGGAUAUGAGGAGGAUGCGGAAUUCAGACCCACUGACAGCUCAACUUAGUCCUAGAGUGCCAAGACAAAGAGAAGGGUCUGCCCCAUUUAAAACUCCAACAAAGAGGAAAUUGCUCUUUACCACUGGCACUUCCAGCAGCAGCUCCAGGAAGAGGUUGGCACCACCUUUUCAACAGACAUCAACAGAAGAGGAUACAGAGAAUGAGUUCUCUCUGUUUGAAGGCGCUAUGGAAUUUCUAGUUGGAGACGAUGAUGAUGAAGAAGAUGAUGAUGAAGAAUUCUCCACGCCACCCAGUAGCCCUAUGCUGUCCCACCUUGGUAUGCCUCAUGUUGCCCUUGAGACAUUACCGUGGCGCUUCUGUUAUGAGCGACGACAUGUCCAAGCAGCAGCUGUGGGAAUGCAGACCAACAAUUUCCACAAACUCCUCCCACAAAGAGAGCUGGAAUCCUUUAGCCCUGCCAGUUGUUACACUGGUUACUUCACCUUAACAAUGAGAGUUCUAUCAGAUGGAGUGACGCUGGAUGUCAUCUUCUUCCCUGCCACUCCUGGGAACUUGCAUUGGAAGCCCCUCCCCCUGACACAUGACAACACAUGGGAGUCUGUCCUUUCACAUGGUGGCUUCUCUUCACAUGCUCCACCCCCAAGCCCAGCUGAUUUGAUUGCCACUGCAGCACAGCUGACGAAUCGGAGGCUGGUGUGUGUGCUGGAGGCAUGUGCGCUAGGUGGAGACAAAGUAGAGCUCAUCCUAAACCGUGCUUUUCCUCUAAGGAGCUGAGUGUACACGACUACAAAGCUGAGAUCUCUUUUUUCAAGCAAACGGAAGGUCAGCUGAAGACUCACAAGACUCACAAGACACACUCACAUUUCUUCUUUUUGUGUAUUGGACAUUCUUGGUUUUGUACCUGAAUAUAAAUAUGGUUACAUUUUAUUCUUGGACGAUAACAAUUUCAUAUAUGGGUGUAUAGUAUUCUCAAAUCCACCAGUUUCAUUAAAGUAUUUAUAUAUAAAUGUAUAUAAAAUAAAUGUGAUUUAUUUUUCUUAAUAAAUUCUAAGUAUUGAUUCUCUUUUCUGUUUUGGGAUAAUUGUUGAAUAAUCUGCUAUAUUUUGACACAGCUUGCUGUGUACUCACUAAUGGUAAUACUGCUAAUGUCUGUAGAGUACAGACUAAUGUCAGAAAUGACAUGAGGUGUUUUUGGGCUAUUUCUAAGAUAUUUUUUAAAGCUACUUUUAUUUCAGACAAACUCAGAUGCCUUUAUAUACUACAUACUGUAUAUUUUACAGUUGUUUCAUAACUUUAUUUAAAUUAUUUAUACUGUACCUUCAAUAAAAGAUGUGUAUUAAGCCCCCUGGACAAAAAAAUAGUCAUAUGUGUAUGUGUAGUCAUAUAAUUCUUUCCUAAUACCAGGCCAGUCAGUCUGUUCUAGUGUUUCAUCCGGGACAUUGGAGCAGCUGGUAUUGUGUUUUGCUUGGACAUGAAGCACAAAAGGCAACCUCAGAGUCUGGCCAACAAUUAAUAAUGUGCAGCUUAUUGACACUGUAGUAUAAGGUGCUGAUAUUGGUGGAUGUGACUUUUUUGUUCAGGGAAUUUAUAUUGUA